AUGUCAGGUGAGUCCAGCAUUCGAAUAGCUGCCUCGUCUGUGUUACUGGAGGCUUGUCUGGGCGGCUCAGAAAUCCGGGAGAAGCUGCGUGGACGGCAACACGCUCUAGCCAGGAAGCAGAAGGGACCAAUGCUUGCCAAGGCCCCAGUUUUUGCACAAGGAGCUGUCCUCCCCCAGGUAGUAGUGGUAGAUCCUGAGUCAAACAACGUGGAGAACGCAGAAAACUCUCAGAACUCACAGAACCAGUCUUCGUUUGGAAGCGUGCAGAGCAAAAUCCAGUUCUUCAACAAGAGGCACACUCCCUCCCCGACUCCCAGUAACGACCCUAGUGACGUCACGGACGUCACAACCUCCAGUUCCAACAGCAGCGGCGGCCGCUCCACCAAAGUCCGCCGGCGUCGGUCACUGUCCCCGAGUUUCGGUGCCAACCGCGGGAAAGGAGCAAAGGGACCAACCAUGCACAAGGUUAGAACGGACAUGUGUAACUGUAACGAGGCUCCGUUUCACCGCCCGUCAUGUCCGGCGAGAAGAGGGCACAAACUGUUCCGCUCCAAGUCGCACCAGAGUGCGAGCGGGCGCGGGAAAAGCACGCCGACAUCCAGUCGCCCGUCGUCGCCCGGGAGCGGACGCGGGACUCCGACGGGCGCCGCUGGUUCGACGGACGAGAUGGAGAAACUACAGAAGAAGAUCCGCAGAGUGCAGCGCAUGAGGCUGUACCUGUUACAGCAGAGUGGACCCAACUCACUGUUGGUGGGCGGGGACUCCCCUGACGACAAGCACCGCGUGCUAAUUGGUCAACAGAGCUGCAGCUGCGGGAAACACAUGCCGUGUGUGCACCUGCUGUUCAUCAUGCUGCGGGUGUUCCAGGUGGCCGAAACCAACCCCCUGCUACAGAGGAAGACACUCAGGAACUACGAGGUGGAGAGUCUUUUCAGGAACUUUGAGGCCAGGAAAAGAAACCGUGUGUGGCGGAGACGGCCUCCGCAGACACCCAACAAGGCCGAGGAUGUGGCUGAGUCUGAUGGUGCUAAACCGGAAGAAGAGACCUCUGGUGAUGAGAAGAGAGUAAAACCAGAAGAUGACACCUGUCCCAUCUGUCUGUUAGAGAUGGUGGAUGGUGAAAGUCUGACGUCGUGUGAUGACGGCUGUAACAACCAGAUGCACCACCAGUGUGUGGCUGUCUGGGCUGAAGCCUGUAAGAGACAAGGAGAUGCCUUCAGCUGUCCUCUCUGUCGGGCAGUCUGGACAGAGGAGGGAGAAGGGGUUCAGGACGAAGGUAGCCAGGCUCCACCCAACUCCCGUGCCCCGUCCCCCGUACACCCCCUCCCCGGGGAGGGGGUACACCUGCCCCACUCUGAACCCAUCCCCCCGGAACAUCGCGACAUGGCCGCACCAUGGAUAGAGUUGUUUGGGUACAACCUUGUGAGCUGCCUGUUCUCGCGUGACUGGUCAGUACGUGAGGCGGGGUUGAUGUGUCUGUCCCAUGAGGUGGCCAGGAGGCUGAUACAGAUGGAGGAGGAUGAGGAAGAGGAGGAGGACCCUGCUCAGUGGACAUCUGUCCUCAGGGUCUGCUGUAACAUCCUGGCCAUGCUGUGUAGGGAUCCUGUCUAUAAUGUCUAUGUCGCAUCACUGAGAAGUCUGCGGGACAUGUCAGCGUACACAGUGUGUCGGACAGAGGACCAGGUCUCAUGUCUACAGGACAUGCUGAGGCCUGUGGUUGAUGUCAUCCUCAUCAAGUGUACUGAUGGAGCAAAGAAUAGAAGAAACCGUACCUGUCAGCUGUCCCUGUCCACUCUCCUGGAGCUGGCUAAAGGCCAGGAUGGCGGGCUAGCGACGGCCUCGGAGCUGCCCCGUGCCGAGUCCCUGGCCGUGGGGGACCUCCCGUUCCUCCUGUCCUGUAUCCUGGCCCCUCCCCCUGCCGACGCAGCCUGGCAGUACUUCCUCGGGCGACUCAACGUCAUCGAGAGAAUCAUCGAAGACUUCCCCAACCACUUUGUCCGGCAGGGCAGCCAGUCUCCCCGCAGUAACAGCCCUCCUUUUGACACAGAGCCUCUCGCCUCUGUUCUAUCCUACGUGUGUGAAUGCGUCAAGAGUCCACACCCCAAACUGGCCAAGCAGUCAAAAGAUCUCUUCCUCAAGAUAGCUCGCUGGGUGUCGUCUGUGCCUUCUGUCUUCAAGUACAUCUUCAGUAUCCUGAGCACGUACACCUCACGGCGCCACACUAGUCUGAUGGAAAGUCUCCUGGCUCUAGCCGCGGAGCUGGGGAUCAGUAAAGACUGGCUUCUCGCCUCUGUUCCUACCAGCCCCUGUAAAGCUCCCAAGGAAACCCCGGCUGGUGCGUCGGCUGACUCCACUCCGUGUGUCACCCCACACUAUAACACACCUUCUACAUCACCCGGCAGUAGUGUGGAUAUACCAGCACCCACACAGGCAGGGCCGCAGCCUGGUACUGGUCCUGCUGGGGUGUUAACACCACCCCCCUCUCCCGUACACUCAGCAAGAUCACCACAACCAGACAACAACAACACAGAACAGAGUCACACAGGUGGGGAGGGGGGCAACAAUGAUGAUGAUGAUGAAGUGCAGAGAGAAAACCGCGAGAUUAUGAACGGCGGGCACCACAACAACCAGUGCCACAACGCCGAGCAGCUGACCGUGGUCGCGGCGGGACAGAACGGACUGAGAGUGUCCUUCGAGAGCGAGGUGGCUCCGGGCUUCUCGGCCAGCAGUACCAAAGUCCUUGAGGGAGGGCCUGUGGUUUACUCCACGUCCUGUAAGGAACAGGUGGAGGUGGAGGAAGCCCAGGCAUUGGCUGUUGCCAUGGAGAUGUCCACCCUUCCUCAGCAGGCCCUUCCCAGAGUUCCUGGUCUGACCAGGAGGACGGAGGAGAAGGAACUCAUCAUCCAUGUGCAGCCCAAGCACCUGAAGGGUGGGAAGCAGGGUGGUGCGUAUAAGAUGGACCAGCAGUGGCUGAAGGGGACCAUGAUCGGUACAGGGGCCUUCUCUACAUGUUAUCAGGCACGUGACGUACAGACUGGCACGCUCAUGGCAUGUAAACAGGUGUCGUUCUGUCGUAACUCUCCGACGGAACAGGAGAAGGUUGCAGAGGAGAUCCGGGGAGAGAUCCAGCUGAUGGCACGGCUGGAUCAUCCCAACAUUGUCCGAGUCCUGGGGGCCACACAGGAGGGAACACACUUCAACAUCUUCCAGGAGUGGAUGCCAGGGGGCUCUGUUGCUGGUCUGCUAGAUCAGUAUGGAGCUUUUUCAGACACGGUCAUCAAGAACUUCACCCGGCAGGUCCUCUUGGGUGUGUCUUAUCUCCAUGACAACUGCAUCAUCCACAGAGACAUCAAGGGAGCUAACCUGCUAGUUGACAGUACAGGGACCAGACUGAGGAUUGCUGACUUUGGGACAGCAGCACGGCUGGCCACCAAGCUGACAGGAGCAGGGGAGUUCCAGGGACAGCUACUGGGCACCAUUGCCUUCAUGGCACCGGAGGUCCUUCGUGGGGAGCAGUACGGGCGCUCCUGUGACGUCUGGAGUAUCGGCUGUACCGUCAUCGAGAUGGGCACAGCCUCCCCACCAUGGAACGCCAACGCAGUAGACAACCAUCUGGCGCUCAUCUUCAGGAUUGCGAGUUCCAGCGAGCCUCCACCGCUGCCACAGAACUUUUCACCCGGACUGCGAGACCUGGUGCUGAGGUGUCUGGAACAGACCGGAUCAGACCGGCCGUCCACGCGGGAACUGCUACAACACGCUGUCUUCACCGCUUCGUGAAAACCACGGGAAUCUACACAGAUUGGUACAACUGUGGAAAUCACACUUCUCAAUUCCGUGACGUGAUUUUGGAAAAAAAAUCUGUGGAAAGAGAAAAUCGUGAAGUGACAAGCUAGUAAGAGAUGGAAGUUCGAAAGGUGCUCUAUCGACUCCGUGUUGGAAAUAUUGUUUCAGCCAUCUGGUUUGUUCAGAGUCACUGAGGAGUAGAAUUUUCAAGAGGCCUAGAACUAGGAACUAAAAAGCAAUAUUCAACAUGGUGUGUAAUACUUACAACUGGAAUGUAAGACUAAAGAACGCCAAGUCAAUGGCUUUGAGGAGCUAAGUUAGGACCAGAAGGUACAGGGUUCGAGUCCUAACAUAGAUGUUAGAAGUAGAACCUCUUUGAUAAGAGGUUUGUUUCACUUGGAAAUGACUGUCAAAUUGUAGACAGUUUUUACAUGCAAUGUAAACUACUACUUUUAGUGUGUUUUCAUUCUCUACUCUGAGAAAACAGUUGUUAAGUCUAGCAUGUGAUACAGAACAUGUUAGGAGAAUCAGCUACUGUGUCGGCUACAGUUUGAACAGGUUGACCCUGUUGUUUUGAACAGACUGGUCUGUUAUUCUACACAAAAAAUUGACAGGACCCUCCACCAAUCAGCUGGUUCCAUUUUUCAGACGACUAUUUUGAUUGGUCACAUACAUGUACAAGGCUGGGUCCUAUUGGUCACCCGCUUGCCACUUCAUUUCAAACCUUGCCAGAAACCACUGGGCCCUUUCAGCCAAUCAGCUGCAUGGUUCCAUUUCUGAGAGGAUCAUCUUGAUUGGUCACAUACAAGGCUGGAUCCUAUUGGUCACACCCUUGCCACUACAUUUCAAACCUUGCCAGAAACCAUAGAAUAACAGAUAUCUGUCACCAAAAACUACAAUGACACAAAUACAAGUAGCUGCUUUAUAAUGGUCAUUAAAGCAGAGCUAUGUACAAGUACUGUAUAGGCAGUAUUAUAACCAGGCCACUUUUAAUAUCAUACACAGCAGUUGUAUGAAUAUUACACUGAUGUUGCCUUCAUUUUAAACUUCAGAUCCAAGGUAACCAUCUUAAAAAAAUAACCACCGUAAAAAAAUGUAUACUAAAUGGAAAGCUGGACUUUCUGUUGUGAACUAUGGUAACUAACACAUACCUAUGGUUUAAUCUGUAAUAUGCUGUGCAGGGUUCAGUAUUGUACUGGCAUACUUAAUUGCAGUAUUUGAAACCAAGAAAGCAGAGCUUUCUUUUAUUGGCAAUUUUCUUAUUCUUAAGGAUAAGUGGUCUUAAUUUUGCAAGGAUUACAGUGUGACAGAAUUUUGUUUUUCGUAAAGAAUUGUGGAAUGUGUUAAGGAUUUUGUACUCUUUUCAAUCUGACAGCCAUAAGAUUGUACAUUCAUAGUCCCAUAGAUUAGUGUGUUUUGUUCCUGUAUUGGUGAGUCAAACUAGUAAGCUUUUCUGAAGACUGUAUAGCUUUAGUUAGUUUGAGUUAUUGUUGUACGUAACCAAACUUUUCUAGUUCACAAAGCUUCUGUUAGUUGCAUUUUAAGUUGACUGUUUAGAUAGGGUUGUUUUGCUCUUCUAACAUCCAGUUUAGAAGAUACAAGAAGGAAGCUUUAUGAGACGGUAUGUGUGUGUUGUAACUGCAGAGCAGUCAGUGGGGAGAAACUGUUGAACAGUUGAGCUACAGGAAUGGCUCUGUGACAAGUGGACAUGUCUCAAUCAGGAUACAGAAUAAAUCCUCUUUAUCUAUGA